UGUGGCUUCCUUGGUCUUCCAUACACGAGUAAACGUCACGCUGGCUUUUACUUUCGAUUUUGGACGCUGUGGUAAAGAGACAGCUGGUUUGUGCGUUCUGGGACAUGGCUGACAUCUCCGUAAAAGAUAAGAUGGACGGUGAUAUGACGGAAGAACGUCAGCUUGAGGAGGCCAAGAAAGAGCUGGAGACAUGGAAGAACAAGGUAGAAAAAGCUGAUGAUACGAAAUCCAAGCUGCUAUUGGAAAAACUGGAAGAAGAUGACAUCAAGUUGAAAGCCCAGCAGGAAAUGUUGGCUUGUGUGAAUAAACAAGAUGAGUGCCAGAAGGCUUUCACUCAAAGCAUGAGCAAAGUGAAGGAUGAAUUUCUGAAGCUUGCUAAACGCAAACAGGAUUUACUGGAGAAACUAAGGAGAGUCCAAGCUGAAUUGGAUGGUAAGAGGGCUGACUGCACCAAACUGAGGCAGAAAUUCAAGAUCUAUGCUCAGAUUCCAGACACAGAGGUGAAGUUCAUAGCCUGUCAUGAAGAAACCGGAGACGAGAGAGAUGGCGAUCCUCAGCUAGUCAGAGGAGUGUUUACUGUCAGUCAGAGAGCUGCCACGCUUCUGCAGGGAGGACAGGCACUCAUCACCUUUGAAGAGGAGAACGUUGCCUCUCAGAUUCUGAAGAUGGCCAAGUGCUCUGUGUCCUGUGAGACCUCCAUUUUGGAUGUGAAACCAAGAAGAAUCACCAUGGAUCCUGCUGUAAAGUUUGAGAUUCACCUUGAUGUUUCCAGAAAGGGAUUGAAGGUUUCCAACAUCCCACCUUCCAUGCCAGAGGAGAGAAUGAAGGACCGACUUGAGAUGAGUUUCUCCAGGCCCAGCAGAGGAGGAGGAGAGGUGGAAAGAGUGGAAUAUGAUCAGAACUCUGCAACUGGACACAUUACAUUUCUCCACCCUGGAGUUGCACAGAGCCUGACCCUGAGAGGAAGGUACCGUGUCGAUCUGGAUACCGAAGUGAACGUUCAGGUUGGACCCGUAUACGACUACCAUCUGCGCAAGUUUCAGACUUUUUGUGGCUGUCCUAAGAGAACCAUCAUGCUAGUUGACAUUGAGGACAUGGUGGAGGAGGAGGACCUGCAGGACCACCUGGAGAUCCAUUUUCAGAAGCCCAGCAACAGUGGUGGUGAGAUAGAGACCCUCAAGUACAUCCAGAAGGGGAAGGCUCUGCAAGCCUUUUUCUGUGAUGACACAGCAGAGAUAGACAACUGAAUUUAACCAGCAGGAGUCCACAGCUUGUACUUGUAAGAAAAGUAAGAAGAGCUCUACUCUAUCCCACCAUGAUUUUAAAAAUAGAAAAAUAUAUUUUUCUGAUUCAAAGAUUCAUUUUUGUGUUGUCAUGGCCAAAUUGAAGAGAAAUUUGUUUUUGGAAAUAUUUUUUGCUGUCUGAGAGUUCAGUUUAAGUAGAUGUUAUCUGUGUUCUGUGAGAGUAUAAAUUACAUUUUUUGUUUUCAGAUUACAUAGUGAGGGGUGUUUGGAUGGUGUCAAAUAGUAAAUUAAAGGCCCUCUGUUCAACACUUAACCACUGACCUGUAUAUUUUACACAACUAGUCCUGAGACAUACAGUAAAUAUAACUGUGUAUAUUUUAACACCUGGAAAAUGUCAUAUGUUGAGCCCCAGUCCUUUUAUUAACGCAUAGUUUCACAAACUCACAUUAAGCUGGCGUCACCUUUUUUUAUUCAGCAGAAAUAAAAUGGUUCUAUUACUCUCAGUUCAAAAAGCAGAUGGCUACUUAUUUGUGUGCUUCUUAUUUACAUGACUUAAAUGCUCAUAGAUCAGUAUGGGUUAAAUACUACUGUGCGAUCUGUACACCCUCUAGCUCUGUUGAAUUCUAACACGAUCCUGAGUCAAUAAUAUACAGUUUGAACUGUAACUGUUGGAAAUCUUUUCUUGUGCACUUGCUCUUAAUAAAAUACCUGAAAGUUGAAUCGA